CCCUUCUGCAGGGUGUCGCCCCAACGGCCGCGACGGGCCCAAUCCUUGCGGCUCCCGCCCUGGCGACCGCAACCCCAAGCCCAGCUGCUACCGGCAUAUUUGCUUCUGGACACGGGACGCCGGCUUCGGCUUGCGCGCAUGCGAACCAGCGCCAGCUACGCGGCUUCGCGGCGGCGCCAGGAGGCGGCAGCCAGCGCGGCACGGGCGGCGUGGGGACGGAGUCGGAAGUGGUUGAUGCGGCGGAGGCGGCGAGGCGGGUGCUGUCUGACCCCAUGUCACGGCUGAUGGCCUCUCAGGGCAUGCCCGUGGGGCUGUCGCUGGGGGCGGCGGGGGCGGCAGCAGCCGGAGCCGGCGGCAGGGGAGCGGCAGGCGGCGGCAAGGGCGGGAGAGCGGGCGCGGACGAGCACGACGACGGCGGCGAGGACCUGACCCGGCCGCCGCCCGCCGCCCCCGGGUACGACAUGGAGGCGCUGUCCGACAUGCUGCGUGCUACAGCCGCCUCGGCGCGACAGCAGCCGGCGGCCGGCAGUAGCAGCGGCGCUAGCAGCAGCAGCGGCAGCAGCAGUAGCAGUGGCGGCAGCAGCGAGGCUGGUUUCACGGCGGGGGUGCAGCAGCUGGGGCGGUCGCCGCUUGACGACGCGUGGGGCACGACGCGGGAAAGCCCGGCGGACAUCGCGCGGCGCAUCGUGGAGAGCAACACGGCCGCCGUGCCUGAUCUAGACACACUGGCCCGCGCCGCCGACGCCGAGCUAGCCCAGUCCGCCGCCGACACCGAUGCUGACGCCGACGAUGAUGACGCCGACGACUCUCCUCUUCGUCUGUCUCCCAGCGAGGAAAAAUACAAGAGCCUAGAGGCCAUGAGUGCCGACAUUAAGAAGUUGGACGAGGUGUUUGAGGUGCUGGCGUCCGUGCCCUGGCUUAGCGAAGACGUUCUGGCGGAGAAGGAGCUGCGGGGUGUGGCCCAGGUGGGGCUGCUGGGCACUCUGGAGGAGGUGGGCUUCAACAUACGUCACCAGCUUGAGCGCAUCUGGGCGGGCGAGCGCGGCGCCGACCUGGCGGCGGGUCCGGGGCUACAGUUCAGAGACCAGGCGGCGUUGAUGGCAAUUCUGUACCACACACAGCAGAUAGAGGACGCACACGGGACGCCGGAGGCUGGGUACCUGCCGCCACCGCCGCCGCUGCCGGAGGAUGCAGCGGCGGCGCCGGCGGCAGUGGAGGGGGCGGCGGGGCGGCCGGACGCGGGUCAGGUGCUGGAGGUGCUUGCGAGGAAGGAGAAAAUGUAGAAAAUGUAGAGGGGCUGGACAAGAAAAGGUGGCUCUCCCUUGCAAGGGAAAAGUGGGCUGUGCCGCCACGCCACGUCCUCCGUCUGAGGCCGAAGGUUCCGCAAUUAAUAAUACGUGGCGCUCGCGGUUUGUGCCAGUAUGGUAUUUUUUGUCGACGCAGGCAGGCACGGACAGGGGCAAUCCUGGGGGGCUUCGCCCUAGAGGGGCUGGAAAAUAGGUGAGGAAGUGAGAGAUGCGCAAUGAGAAAUGGAUGGCGGUGGAGGGGAUGGCACGAGACUCACGAGACGGGCGAAGCCUCAUGCCCAAACGAAUGUGAUUGCGGGAGCGCAGAGACACGCAGAAGAGGGUCUGGCCUUUUGGCAUUUAGGGAAUGAGAGCCAGUGCGAGCGGGUGAGUGGUGAGAGCCCGAGCCGAGGUUCUUCACAUUGAUACAAAAGCUGACUUGCUGCGUAUGACAGUCAUGUAGUCAAACCCUGCAGUCAACGUGGAAAUCGCCGGGUGCCAUGGAUCGGCCUGGAUCAGGGCGGAGGGGGCGGGCGGGAGGCAGGUGAGUGGGGAGGAGCAGGGCUGCUGGGCUGAGGGCUGCUGCUGGGGCGCUGCAGUGGGUGGGCGGGUGAGGCGCGGCGGGUGGGCGGGCUGAUGGGGUGUGUGAUGGGACAGUGGCAAGGCAGGUUGGUAAGGUCCUUUGGGCGCAGCUAAUUCCCAAACCCAACAAAUGGCAAACAGUUGGCAGAGGCAGGGCAAGAGUGCGCGGCUGGUCUAACGCGGGCGGGCUGAUGGGGGAGAGCUGCCAGCUGAGGCGAGACUGGGGUAGGCAUGGGAUGGUCCUCUGGACCCGUGUCUGGACCUGGUGCCCCAUUAUUGUGAUUCAAGGCCGAUCCCAUCCCACCGGCGUCCAGCAAUGCCACACGCCGCUAGUGUUGAACGGCGAGGGGCGAUCGUGGGGUUGAACCCUAAUGAGGCAGUGUGAAGCUGGGCACGUGCGAGGCCAGGGCGGUUGGGGAUUUACCAUCCCUCCAAUUUUCAACAGCUGGACCCCGGCGCUAUCCACAGUGACUUUAAGCUUAAAAUUUUCCA